AUGAUCAACGAACAUGACAUCGAUAUGUUGAAGGAAGAAAGCCAGCAGAUAGAACGAGCAGAAUCCAAAGAUAACAUCGAAACCACACAAGAUGCCAAAUUUGAGAAGAGAGUUCUUCGAAAGAUCGAUACUCGACUUUUGCCAAUCUUGGGAUGCCUUUACACCAUCGCUCUUGUAGAUCGAUCCAACGUUGCAGUCGCCCGCAUCUCGGGUAUGGACGAGGACCUCGGUCUUGCACAAGGUAACCGAGUUUCCAUCGCUUUGAUGGUCUUCUUUAUCGGGUACAUCAUCUUCGAAAUUCCCAGCAAUGCUUUCAUCCACAAACUUGGGGCUGCAAACUGGCUUGCAUUUCUCGCUGUGGCUUGGGGCUUGGUGUCUCUGGGUAUUGGGUUUCUACACAAUUGGAUCGGCCUUGCAAUUCUCCGGUCGUUACUUGGAGUCUUUGAGGCUGGAUUCUUCCCAGGUUGUGUAUAUCUUGUCUCUUCAUGGUACAAGAGAUACGAGGUGCAGAAGCGCAUGGCUGGUUUCUUUCUCACAGCUUCUGCACUAUCAGCUUUCGCCAACAUCCUUGCGUAUGGGCUGAUCCAGAUCUCCAAGCAUCAUCAUUACAAAGGGUCAGUACAGCUGGUUUCAUUUUGCAAGGGCGCGGCUAAUUGGUGUAGAUGGCGCUGGAUUUUCAUCGUCGAAGGUACAAUCACAGUGAUCGCUGGUAUCGGUUCGUGGUUCAUCAUUGUCGACUUUCCAGACUCUGACCGAAACACAUUUCUCACCAUCGAGGAACGCGCAUUCGUCAAGGCUCGAUUGGCCGAGGACCGCGGCCCUGAGGAACACGAGAAGGUAACGAUGAAGAUUCUGGCAACGACUGCCGUGGACUGGAAGCCGUGGGCCUACUCGCUCAUGUACAUGGCUGGUGCUGUUGGAGUAUACGCUUUUCUUUUUUUCCUUCCCAUCAUACUUCGAGGCGGUCUUGGAUAUUCUCUCGAGCUUUCAUUCAUCCUCAGCACUCCGCCAGCCCUGUUUGCCGUUGUGGAGGCUAUGACUAUCUCAUGGCUCGCUGAUAAGUUCCAAAUGCGCGGACCCUUUGUCAUCUUCCAAGGCCUUGUUGGAAUUAUUGGACUGUGUAUGACUGGAUUCCUCAACUCUCCCACACCCAGAUAUAUCGGCACCUUCCUGGGAGUUGCCGGUGCCAAUGGUCUUGUUGUGACAACACUAGCUUGGCAGGCUAACAAUAUUGUCGGCGACGCACGACGUGCGGUAUCUACCGGUAUCCUAAUCAGUGUCAGUGGUAUUGGUGGCAUCUACUCAAGCAUGGUUUUUCGUCAACAAGAUGCACCCAACUAUCUCCCAGGCAUUAUCGCCGUCAUGUCAAUCAAUGUUGCGGCUGUUGUUGUUGCUGCUUUAACUAUGCUUGUCCUCCGCCACAACAACAAGUUGGCUGAUGAAGGCAAGUACCUGUGCGAGGGCCGGGAAGGGUUUAGGUAUACUUUGUAG